GAAUUCUGCAAUCAGAUCCCGAACCAGCCAUGGCUACGAUCAUUCUGGGCGCCCAAUGGGGCGACGAAGGUAAAGGAAAAUUGACCGACAUCCUUGCCCCCGAGGCGCAACUUUGCGCGCGAGCUGCUGGGGGUCACAAUGCCGGCCAUUCCAUUGUUGCCAAUGGCGUGUCGUACAGCUUCCAUCUGCUUCCUUCCGGCCUGGUCAAUCCCAACUGCCGAAACCUUAUCGGCUCUGCCGUCGUGGCUCACAUUCCCUCAUUUUUUUCGGAAUUAGAGGAAUUGGAGCGCAAAGGGCUGGAAAACGUCCACGAUCGAAUCUUCAUCAGCGACCGAGUCCACAUUGAUCUGGACCUCCACGUUGCCGUUGACGGCUUGGAAGAAGUGGAACUUGGAGACCGCAAGGUUGGAACGACAGGCCGCGGAAUUGGUCCUGCCUACAGCACGAAAGCGGCGCGAAGCGGUAUCAGACUCGCAGAGGUCUUCAAUGCCGAACUUUUUGACUCGAAGCUCCGACGACUUGCAUCAGGCUACCAGAAGCGAUAUGGCGACCUGCUCAAGUACGAUGUUGAGGAAGAAAUCGCCCGAUUCAACGAGUACCGACCCAAGCUUCGCAAAUAUACUGUCGACGCAAUUGCUUUCAUGAAGGACGCACAGGCAAAGAAUACCAAGAUCCUCUGCGAAGGAGCAAAUGGUAGGCCAGAUAGCCCCUCAUGCCAUUACCCCUAUUCAGAUGUGCUGACCUUGUUAGCUCUCAUGCUGGAUCUUGAUUGGGGCUCAUACCCAUACGUGACUAGCAGUUCUACCGGCAUCGGUGGCAUGGUAACUGGACUUGCUCUUGACAUCAGGAAGAUUGGUGAGGUUGUUGGCGUGGUCAAGGCCUACACCACUCGUGUCGGCUUUGGAGCGUUCAAGACUGAGGAUCUCGGAGAGGUACUUCAACUGGCCGAAGACGGCGUUGCGGCUGGCUCGGACGUCAACCACUAUACGGCGCUGAACCUCACAAAACUUGAUGUCCUGGACACUUUCCCGACAAUCAAGAUCGCCAUUGCGUACAAAGACCCCGAGACCGGCGAGAAGCUCGAAUCGUAUCCCGCAUCAUUGGAUGUUCUCGACCGUGCCGAGGUCAUCUACCACGAGAUGCCUGGCUGGAACCAGUCGACUACCAACGUGAAGACCUUUGAAGAACUUCCCAAGGAGGCUCAAGACUACAUCUUGUUCAUUGAGGAAUUUGUUGGAGUCAAGAUCAAGUGGGUUGGUACCGGCCCGGACCGCGAGGCUAUGAUCACUCGAUUUUAAAAAAGGCCCCAAUAAAUAGUAUAGGGUUUUGGUAAGCAAAACUAGAAGGGCAUUCUGGAGGUCGUGAUUCAGAGAUGCCGGGUUUACAAGAUAAAAG